GCCGGCUGCUACCUCACGGCUGAAAACUAUUAGAUGGACGUGUUUUACCAUUCUUUACCGCGUUCAUGUCAUGUGUGUGUUUCGGGGGAUGAAUGUCCAGUCAAUCGACGGAGAUCCUCCAGUCAGUCGGUGGCAGAUAUUGGGGUAGAUCACGACCGUCAGCAGAAUUCGAAUGGCUCUCUGAACUGGGUGACCUGCUCCGGAAGGUCACCGAGGGGCCCCUUCGCAACCUGGCUAGUGGCAACUAGUCCAUCCAGUAGGUAGGUGCAAACCGGCCGACGCAAGGACGGGGACGGCGGUUUCACAUCGGUUCAUCGCGGCUGAUC